ACAAACGAAUUUAUCUUGCUCUACGAUAGAAAAACCUUCUCAGUCUGUGUUCUAUUCCAGCUUCAUCAAUUCGAAAGAUUGGACUAUUUCCUUUCCUUAUUUACCGCGAAGUACUUUUGUGAAAUUAAUAUCUUUAUUAUCUUCACAAUUUUGUUGAGGAUCAACCAGAAAUUUUGCUUUCUCUUUGUGAUCAACAAUUCAGAUUGAAACAAAAUGGAGACAUAAACUGUAAAGACUGUUCACUUCUUCCACUUCACUUCUGAUUCACAAAUCUGUGUUAUUUUAGAUAUCGCUCACAUAACCAAUGUCGUCUUUUAAUGAUAAAUAAUAGCAAUAUACGAUAGGAACCUGCGUCUUCAAGAUAUUCAUCAGGAUCGAAAGUAACUACGUAAGUUGACAUCUAUCGGUAUCCUAUCCUGAAAUCUUUUGACAACAUGGAAUCCAAGGAUACAAAACCCCUGGACGUCAACGACCACGGGAAUGAAAACUCACACAACGAUGAAACUGACAAUGAAAAUGUCUAUAUGAACACGAUCCAUAAAGACGUCGAUAAAGACAAGAAUUCACCUGAUGAGGAAAGUUGUUACGUCAACACAUCAUUUAAUAACGUUGAACUUGACAAUGAUAAGGAUGAUGAGGUCGAUGAUCAUGUGAAAACGAACGGUAAACAUCCCGAAAUGAUAGACGAUGUCGAAGAUGAUGAUGCUGAUGAUAAUCCUCAGUGUGGAUGGUUUGGCAUCAGACCAAGGAUCAUUCAGUGCUGCAACAAUUCAAAGGGUUACCUCUUCUUCCUCUGUCUCUACGUCAUCGCACAAAGCAUGACCGUCAACGGGAUCGUCUACGUCAUCACCACGACACUCGAGCGUCGAUUCAGCUUGACAAGUGCCCGUAGUGGUUUCAUCUCAAGCUGUUAUGAUUUCUCUGUUAUGAUCGUUAUUGUAUUCGUUACCUAUCUUGGUGAGAAGAGUCACAAACCAAGAUGGCUGGGGUCAGGAGCGUUCGUCUUUGCUAUGGGGUCAUUGCUCUUCACCUUACCACACUUCGCUACAGACUACUAUGAACCAAGAGAUGCUACUGAAAUAUCAACAUGUGACAUCAACGGUACUGAUAGCGGAGAGUGUGCACCGGGUGAGACUGGUCUGAGCAGCUACUAUUGGGUGUUUAUAGCAGCCCAAGUACUCCAUGGACUAGGUGCCUCACCUAUCUAUACCCUGGGUCUUACCUAUAUAGAUGACAACGUUAAACCUACAUUAGUAGCUGUUUAUAUAGGUAUAUUCCAGGCUAUGUCGACAUUGGGUCCUGCUAUUGGAUACAUACUCGGUGGACUCUUUCUUACCUUUUAUACAGACGUCAAUGUAGAUCCAGAGGACUUAGGAUUAACUCCCGAGAGUCCGUUAUGGAUUGGUGGUUGGUGGAUGGGGUUCUUUGUGGAUGCAUCUAUUGCCUUCCUUGUCAUCAUACCUCUAUUAGGAUUCCCAAAAGCUUUACCAGGUUCAAUCGCAUUAAAUGCAGCCCGGAAAGAGGAGGCUCAGAAAGGUUCUACUUUCACUGCCAGAGCAGGUUUUGGUAACAAGAUCAAAGACUUCCCCAAGGCUGCCUGGAAUCUUCUAAAGAACAUUCCAUUCAUGUGUCUAAAUGGUGCUUCUAUCACAGAAUGGUUUAUCCUGGCUAGUAUUGCCGUCUUUGGACCAAAGUAUCUUGAGUCGCAGUUUAACUUUACCUCGGGUACGGCUGCUUUAGUAGCAGGUGUCCAGGUCAUUCCAUCCAGUCUAAUUGGCUGCAUCGUAGGCGGAUUAAUCGUAAGAUAUUUCAAGCUUGAAUUCAAAGGAAUGAUCAAAUUUUGUAUCGGUGUACUCACCAUCUCGCUCGUUUCACUCUUCGUCUUCGUCGUUGCGUGUGACAACGUUGACUUCGCUGGGGUGACUGUCCAGUAUGAUAACAAAUCGAUGCCUUUCAUUGGAGACGAGGGGAAUUUGACUGCGGCCUGUAAUGCGGACUGUCACUGCUCCAACAAUUACGAUCCGGUGUGCGGUAGCGAUGACGUCCUCUAUUAUUCACCUUGUCAUGCAGGCUGUCUUAACAUGAUCGAAGUCGAUGAUGUCAAGGAAUAUUUUGACUGCAGUUGUAUAGAUGCGGCUGGGAAUGGUAUUACUUCGGCAGUAGUAGGAAAGUGUGAUUAUGUAUGCCCACAACAAACCGUCUUUCUUGCUCUGCUAUUCAUCAUGCUAACAAGUACUUUCUUUGCCGUCGUUCCGUCAAUCACAGCUUUGCUCAGAUGUGUUCCCAACUCACAAAAAGCAUUUGCUUUAGGAAUCAAUUCACUACUUUAUCGAGCAUUAGGUACGGUUCCUGGCCCGGUUAUCUUCGGUCUUCUCAUCGAUAAUGCAUGCAGUAUAUGGGAAGAGGACUGCGAUGGAGCCAGGACUUGUUGGAUGUAUGAUAACUCCACGUUAGCCAAGAACGCUCUCAUACUGACCGUGUGUUUGAAGACUGUGUCUAUCCUCUUCUUCGUUGGUGCUCUUGUAUUUUACAAGCCUGUCUAUGAAGAUGAAGAGAAGAAUACUUUAUCAAAUGGUGUCGAGGUGAUUGAAAAGGGUGGGAUCAAGGGAGAUGCAGCAGACACUAGUGAACCAGUCACGUCCAACUUCUAAUUUGUCAAAUCUUCAUUGAGACCUAUUAGGGCGAUUCCAUUUAGCCAUUUUCACAAUCAACCUGCUAUCUAAACAAGCAAGGAAUUUCAAUUUGUUUUGUGUUAAUAUAAAAGUACUACAGGGUAGCCUAUAGUCAUGCAAAAAAUAUAUUAAAUACAACCAACAACAACAUGUCGUCCAUGGGUGAAUUCGAGGUAAAAAUGUUGCGUGUCUUUCGGGACAUUUCUGAGUCCCGUACGACACAACAUUUUCACUAUUAAGUCACCCAUAACUAAAUAUUUUUGGUUGGUUAUCAGUUUCUUUUUUUAAACAUAAAUUAGCUUCAGGUAUGCAAAAAUGGUUAUUGUCAUAGAUGAUGUCUAGACGAAUAAACAAAAAGUUACUGAAACGAUUUUACAUAAAUAUAUAAAGGUAACAUUCAUCCCCCCUAUUUCAAAUAAGGAAAGAAGGGCCAAAUGUUAUUCAUCUGAGGCAUGCAUUAUGACGGAGCCAAAAGAAUGUAAAAGUACAGGACGUGUGUGGUAACUCGUAUGUCCCGCCAUGCAUGCCCGUGUAUAUAGUGUAUAGUUUUAGCGAACGGCGAAUACGGUAUACUUCGAUAUGAACUCAGCCUUGAUGAACGAAUGUCCGACUUGACAUUAAAAGUAAUUUGUUUGGGGGAUGUAGGUUAACUAUAACAAAAAUAUUUUGAUGAGCAAACAAGCAAUGUCAUGUAUACAUUAUGCUUCGAUUUGUUUUGUAAUGCGUAUUUUUGUUUAGAUCAAAGUCAUAUAUCAAUUAAUAUUAAUUCAAAACAUACACAAACUAUUAUGUGUCAUUUUACGAUGUAAGAUAAUGCUGCAUUAUUAAAAAAGUAAAUAAUCAUAAUGCCACAAUCUUGUUACUUGCUUAUAGACAUGAAAGAAAAACUAUAUACAUAUUAUAUUUAGAGAGGAUUUCCUGUAAUGAAUUUCAAAGUUAAAGUUGUCCAAAUGGUAUUCUUGAGUGGGGCACGAAGUUAUCACCAAACAUUGGUAAAAUGCAAAUAUGAUUAUGUUCUAAUAUCGUGAUGAAUAUUCAACAACAUUUAUAAACGACAAGUUUUAAGUCAGACAUGAUUUUUAAUAUCCUCAGUAUCUUUCUUGCACAAGUUUUGUACAUGUCAAUGUUUUUAUUUUGUAUAUUCUGUACAUAAGAAGAAUUUUAUAUUACUAGCUUACAGAGGAUAUUUUUUCUUCUACUGUCGAUAUCCUAUACGGAUAAGAUUUUCAUCUUUUUGCUACAAAUAGGGCCAAUGUGUUUUUAUUGAAAAAAAAACUACAAUUACUUUAUACUUUAUGAAGGAUUCUCCUUAAAAAUAAAAAGUUCCCGCAGCAGAGUCUCUAGAGCCAUUUUAAUCUUACAAGGGGUGCUUGGGUGCACUGGAGCAGAGGAUUUCAGACAUUGUCAAGCAAAAUGAAAUUUGUACCCCUUCUCCUGCUGUCAACAGCUGUUUUUAUAAACUUGAAAGACAGACCUAUCUCAACAACGAGU